AUGCAUAAUUACCAUUUAGAUAGAGGACCUCCACGAGCUGCUUUUAAAGUUGACAUUCAAAAAGCUUACGAUACGGCUGACUGGGUUUUUCUUUAUGACAUUUUGGUCGGCUUUGGAUUUUAUGCUCGAAUGAUUAAUUGGAUUAUGGAAUGUGUGUCUACCACUUCCUACUCUCUUACUAUCAAUGGUAAUUUGCAUGGGUUCUUUUAUGGUCGGAGGGGUUUAAGACAAGGGGAUCCUCUAUCUCCUUACCUUUUUACCCUUGUCAUGGAGAUUCUUACUCUGAUUAUUCAUCAAAAUGUUAGAAAUUCGGACUCUUUUUAUUUUCAUCCUCAUUGUGAAGAAAUCAACAUUGUUAAUUUAUGUUUUGCUGAUGAUCUUUUUAUCUUUAUAAGGGGGGAUGUGGAGUCGGCAAAGGUUGUUAUGGAUUCCCUUGAUGAAUUUAAGAUGGUUUCGGGCUUAACACCGAGUAUCGCUAAAAGUACAGCUUUCUUUUGUAAUGUACUUAAUCAUGUAAAGUUAGCUAUACUUGAUGUGCUAACAUUUGAGGAAGGGCUAUUACCGGUUAAAUAUUAUGAGAGGGUUUUAUGGAGUCAGGGCACGUUGAAGAAAGGUAAAGUUAAAGUGACAAGGGAUAGUGUUUGUCUUCCAAAAGAAGAGAGGGGCCUUGGUGUUCAGAAAUUAGAACAGUUUAAUGUUGCUUUGAUUGCAGGUCAUAUUUGGCGGCUCCUUACUUUGAAUACUUUAAUUGACAAGGUAUCUCCUAGAUUAAUUGCUAAUGCUGGUUUUCAAUUAAAUGCACGAGUGUUGGAUGUGGUGGUUAAUAAUUCUUGGACCUGGCCGAUCUCUUGGGCUGAUCGUUUUGAUCCUGGUACUCCUCCAAUUCUUUAUCCAGAAAGGCAGUUGUUAAAUGGAAAGAUCGUGAGGCAAUGUAUACCGAAGCAUUCUUUUAUUUUGUGGUUGGCGGUGCUUCGAAAGCUAAAGACUCAAGAUGUUUUAAGGUCGUGGGAUGUUCGGGACUACACUAAUCAGGACGUGUUAUUAUGCCCUUUGUUUGUUUGGGAUGAUAUUGUCUCGGAGAUAUUGCCUUUUGCUCAUAAGAACUCGAUCAAGAGUGUUGUCACAAAGCUUCUCUUUACGGCAGCCGUUUAUUAUAUUUGGCGUGAACGAAAUUCAAGGUUAUUUGCUCAAAAGAAGAGGGCGCCUGAUCAACAUGCUGAUGCUAUUAUUCAUACUUGGUAUAGGUGCCUUGUAAAUGUGUCUCUCUCACUGGUACAUGGACAAGCUGAUGUGCCUGUUUGA